AUGCAGGAAAAGGCUGCUGGCAACGAAGGCACCGAUGAGCAUAAUCACUGUAUCAAGGAUGGUCCUGAAGAAUUCGAGCCAAACUUUGUUUGCCUUGCAAAAAUGGUUCAGAGUUUCAUCGACAACAAUGAGAAACCCCACAGGUUUAGCCGGAACAGAUGCAAUUGCUUUAAUAAAAUCUGCAGGGUAAGCUUCGAUGAGGAACUUGUCUCAUUUAAUUGCUUCGGCAAUUCAAUCUGUUCUCCUUCAUCUGAUGCACUUCAUCUUAUCCAGAGUUUGGUACCUUGUGUGUGUGUGUUUGAGAGAAAUCUGUUAGCAGACACUGCAAGAAUUGUUGAGAAAAACAAGAUCAUUAAACGAAAAGACUUUUGUAGAACAAUUGUAACUGACAACCUAAUUGCUCUUGGAUACAAUGCUUCAAUUUACAAAUCUGACUGGGAAAAAUCCCCCUCUUUUCCCUCAGGGGAAUAUGAAUAUGUUGAUGUGAUGAUUGAAGGGGAGAGGAUUAUAAUCGACAUUGAUUUUCGAUCAGAAUUUGAAAUUGCUAGAUCCACCAAAGCAUACAAAUCGAUUCUCCAAACACUACCAUACAUAUUUGUAGGUAAAGCUGAUCGCCUUGAGGAGAUCAUUGACAUUGUAUCAGAUGCAGCCAAACAGAGCUUGAUGGAGAAGGGCCUUAGAUGUCCACCAUGGCGCAAGGCCGAUUAUGUUAAGGCCAAAUGGCUCUCUCCUUACACUCGAACCACUUCGAGAGUAACUGAUGAGGAAGUAAAGGAUCUGAUUACAACAAGAACAAAUUCUUGA